AUGACAGACUACAUCAGCAAGCUCGCCUAUUACCCAGGGCGCAGCCCCUACGUCCUGGCGGGCAUUCUGCGCCACGAGCGCCCAGCGCGUCCGGCACCGCCAGAGUACAACCUUCGCGCCAGGCUCCGCCGCAGGACCGUCCCACUCUCUGGGACCGCCAGGAGAUAUGGCUCACGUCCGGAGGGCACUCGCCAAUGCUCUGGUCGCCUGGGCCGCCAUGAGAUUCCCUCCCCCUCCGGAGACGCUAGGAUGGAUUUUCUUGAAUGCUCUCACGGCACGACGAAUGCUCUCACGGCACGGCGAAUGCUCUCACGGCACCGCGAAUGCUCUCACGGCACCGCGAAUGCUCCCGCGAAUGCUCCCGCGAAUGCUCCCGCGAACGCUCCCGCGAACGCUCCCGCGAACGCUCCCGCGAACGCUCCCGCGAGGGCUUCCGCGAGUGCUCCCAGAGCACUCAGCAAUGCUCACAGAGCUGAGGCAUUCGUCAUACCCACUCAAGGUGAGGCAACCCUCAUUUGGGCUCCUUUGGAUUGA